UCCGCGCCCUUGAUUUGUUUGGGGGAUAUCGAAAAUAUACAAUCAUAGGGCAGUGUAAGGGUGGAACAACGGUUACAUUUAAAGAUGUAGCCGUAUUCGAAGGAACGCUAUCAAGAUAUGAUAGAAGCAAGACUAUCGCUAUCUUGAUAGCUCGCCACGAAUACAGGCAGUAUUUGGCUCAAUUCGACUUGGACGUUUUUACAAAAAACGCAAGUGAGCGAGCCAAUACAUCCGAGUACAACCUUCAUCCUAACGGAUGA